AUGGAGGUGGAUUAUCGUCUCAAAGCUUACCGUUUCGUCGCCUAUUCGGCUGUUACCUUUUCGGUGCUCGCUGUAUUGUCGGUUUGUGUGACCCUACCAAUGGUACAUAAUUAUGUAAAACAUGUGAAGCAGUCUAUGAACAAUGAAAUCCACAGUUGCAAGAAAUCUGCACAGGACAUUUGGAACGAUGUCACCCACAUUAGUGACCUUCCUACUAGCAACAGAACAGCUCGUCAGACUGGCUACGGCGGUGAAGAAGAGGCUAAGAUCAACGCCGACACGGUAAGCAACAAAUGCGAAGGAUGCUGUCUUCCUGGACCAACAGGAAUGAAAGGAACUGCUGGACGCUAUGGAAAACCAGGAAAGCCUGGUGCACCAGGUAUGCCAGGAAACCCAGGAAGGCCAGCGGCUGCACCAUGUGAAUAUCAAACCCCACCACCAUGCAAACCUUGCCCAGCAGGAGCCCCGGGACCUAAAGGAACACAAGGGCCAGCUGGAGAGGCAGGAAUUGAUGGUGCACCUGGUGCAGCCGGAUACAAAGGAGUUCCUGGUGAGUCUGGACCAAAAGGUCCACCUGGGGCUGACGGAAUACAGGGAAAGCCUGGAGCACCUGGAGAACCCGGUCAACCCGCGUACUCUAAUUCUGGAACUACCGGAGAACCUGGCCCCCAGGGCCCUCCUGGCCCGGAAGGGCCACCAGGACCCGAAGGACAACCAGGAUACAACGGUCCUCAGGGACCACCAGGACCAAAGGGAAAACCUGGGCCAGACGGCCAAGCGGGAGAAGGCGGGAAGACGGGACAACCUGGUGAUGAUGGUCAACCUGGUCAUCCAGGAGAGCCUGGCAUUUGUCCCAUGUAUUGUGCUGCCGAUGGUGGUGUGUUCUUCUCUGAUGGCAUGCAUAGCUGA